AUGCCCUGUCCGGCCGCCACCGUCGGCGUGGCCGUUUGGGUCUGGCUCGAUGCUUGCGGAUUUAGCGCCGGCGAGUGCGACGGGGCUCGGCCCGCCGCCGCGGCCUGGAGGCGUUGGUCCAGGGCCUUGAGCGCAAGGGCUCGUCGUCGCUCUGCCUCCUCGCGCUUGCCCAUGCCUCGCAUACCGCCGCGGGAGUGGUUCAGAAGACUGGGGAGACCGGCCUCGCCACGCGCAAGAACCUGCUGGUUGCCUGAAUCGAUUUCCUCCUCCGAGAACGGCGAAGGCGAAGGUCUCGCUGGCGUCGCCCUUGAUGCCGAGACCAUCGGUCGACGUCCCGGUGAGGUCAGGCUGGCGCUUGAAGAAGCGCAGAAGGAGGAACAGGGCAGGGAAGUGCUUCACGCGCAUUUUCACCAGCCCUUUGAAGAUGGUGACGGUGUGCUCAGGGACGAGCUGCUUAAACGCGACGAGGAAGGAGGCUUGGAUGGAGGUGCCACCGCAGAUUUGUGGCCCGACCCCCAGCACGCUUGA